AUGGGCAAGAAGAGACGCGGCCACCCUGACGUCGAGGAGCUGCUGGCUCGGCCGUGGUGCUACUACUGCGAACGAGACUUUGAAGACCUGAAGCUCCUCAUCUCCCAUCAAAAAGCCAAGCACUUCAAGUGCGAGCGAUGCGGUCGCCGUUUAAACACAGCUGGAGGUCUCUCCGUGCACAUGAACCAGGUGCACAAGGAGACGGUGAACCAGGUCGAGAACGCGCUGCCCAACCGGCAAGGCCUCGAGGUCGAGAUCUUCGGCAUGGAGGGCGUCCCGCAGGAGGUCCUCGAGCAGCACCGCACGCGCAUCAUCCAGAACUUCUACCAGGCCCAGGAAAGCCGCCGCAUCGCGACCGGCAACCCGCUGCCGGGCCAGUCGCUCAGCGGCGGGGCCGGUGCACGCAAGAAGAUCCAGUACGAGACGGCCGCGGCCCUCCUGCAGCGCCUCGCGGAGUGGCGCGCGCACAAGAAGGCCGGUACGCUGCCCCCGCAGGUCGCCGACGGUGCUGGCGUUGCUGCCAACAAUCAACCUGGAUAUGCGGAGGGCCUGCCGCAGCGCCACGCUGCCUCCGCCGCCUUUGGCGACGAGCUUGACCAGCUGAUCCGGUCUGCCGAGCAGCCCGAGAGGACCGUUGUCAAGAAAGAGAAGGACGGCAAGAAGUCGCGCCUCGUAUACGACGAUCCCGAGGUCAGCCCGGAGGAGCGGAUGGCGCAGCUGCCGCGGUACGCCUACCAGCCGACCGUUGCCGCGUAA